CGCGUUCAUUUCAUUCCUCUUCUCAUUCCGAGCAUUCUUCACAUCACUGUCGGUGCGCUGACGAUUCACGUAUACAUACCCGGCUGGCCCAGAAACAUCAGAAUAACUUUACACAGUUUGCAAAAAAAAAAAAAAGCCAAAAAACUGCAACUAAACAUUAUACAAAAGGAACCAAAAAGGGGGAUAAUUUAAAAAAAAAAACAAACAAAACAAAACCACAACAGAGGUGGUUGAGAGCUUCUGCGGUUGGGAGUUGCGGAGUGAAGGGGAACAUUUUCAGGACUCAGCAAAAAGGAGACUUGUUGCACUUCCAGGAUUAUCCGCCGCCUUCGGCUUUCCUUUGUCGUUUUCCUCCCCAUUUCUUUUUUACUAGGCUCCAGGCUUUGGCUUGGAGAAACCAGCCAUCACCAUUGAUCCCAACAGCUGGAGCGGCAGUGAAAGUCCUGCCGAAGAUAUUGAAAGAAUGAGUGACUCUGCAGACAAGCCCAUUGACAAUGAUGCAGAAGGUGUCUGGAGCCCUGACAUUGAACAGAGUUUCCAGGAAGCACUGGCUAUCUACCCUCCAUGUGGGAGGAGGAAAAUUAUCUUAUCAGAUGAAGGCAAGAUGUACGGUCGAAAUGAGUUAAUAGCCCGAUAUAUCAAGCUGCGGACAGGAAAAACAAGGACAAGAAAACAGGUGUCUAGUCACAUACAGGUCUUAGCAAGAAAGAAAGUUCGAGAAAUCCAAGCUGCCAUCAAGGUGUCUAGUCACAUUCAGGUUCUUGCCAGAAGGAAAUCUCGUGAGUUUCAUUCCAAGCUAAAGGUUACAAGCAUGGAUCAAACAGUGAAGGAUAAGGCAUUACAAAGCAUGGCAGCAAUGUCUUCAGCACAGAUUGUAUCUGCUACUGCCAUCCAUAACAAAUUAGGCCUGCCGGGUGUCCCUCGUCCACCAUUCCCUGGAGCACCUGGAUUUUGGCCUGGCAUGAUAUCAACAGGACAACCUGGAUCCUCACAAGAUAUUAAGCCAUUUGCUCAGCAAACAUACCCAGUUCAGCCAGAAGUGACAACAUCUCUUUCAGGUUAUGAAUCUGCAACAGCACCAGCACCAUCCGUUCCUGCAUGGCAAGGUCGUUCAAUUGGGACAACAAAACUUAGACUGGUGGAGUUUUCUGCAUUCCUUGAGCAACAGAGAGAUCCUGAUUCGUACAACAAACAUCUAUUUGUGCAUAUUGGGCAAGCAAACCAUUCCUACAGUGAUGCCUUGCUUGAAUCAGUAGACAUUCGUCAGAUUUAUGAUAAGUUUCCAGAAAAAAAAGGAGGCUUGAAGGAACUCUUUGGAAAAGGACCACAGAAUGCCUUCUUCCUUGUAAAAUUCUGGGCUGACUUGAAUUGCAAUAUACUGGAUGACGCAGGUGCAUUUUAUGGUGUCACAAGUCAAUAUGAAAGUUCUGAAAACAUGACAAUCACCUGCUCUACUAAGGUGUGCUCUUUUGGCAAACAGGUUGUGGAGAAAGUAGAGACUGAAUAUGCAAGGUUUGAGAAUGGACGUUUUGUAUAUAGGAUAAGUCGCUCACCAAUGUGUGAAUACAUGAUUAACUUUAUUCACAAACUAAAACAUUUGCCAGAAAAAUACAUGAUGAACAGUGUGCUGGAGAACUUCACUAUUUUAUUGGUUGUAACAAACAGGGAUACCCAAGAAACACUUCUUUGUAUGGCUUGCGUGUUUGAAGUGUCAAAUAGUGAGCAUGGAGCCCAGCAUCACAUUUAUCGGCUUGUGAAAGACUGAGCGAAGAUUUUUUGCCGAGAAUAUUAAAUAAAGACUAUAAACCUCAAUACAAGUG